CAUGGGACCAGGGUCCAGACUCUAAUAUCAAGACGCCGGAUUUCUUGCUUAACCGGAUAACUUUAGGGAUUUAAGGUGGUCUGGGCUGAAUGUAAGUGAACGAAGGUAAAGUUAAUUUAAACUCGGGUACCUUAAUUCCAGCAAAUUAUCCGAAGCAAGAAUCCUGGCUUCAUGAUACGGCAGCCAUGAUAUGUCAUGCUAUGACUGCCACCAUGGCAAAAUAAAAUUUGGCCAGUUUAUCGUUAUAAUGAGAUAGGAAAUCUCGUUUUAACAUGUGAUUUUGCAUUUUCUCCCCUUGGCGAAUGUAGGGGUUCCUGUGUUUUCUCUGUGUCUGCAUAUGUUCCGCGUGAUAGACCGGUAUUUUUUCAUACCCUGUUCUCCAUACUGCCUGGAACAGGCUCCAGACUCCCUGAUCCUGUCAGACAUAAGCGGUUGGAAAUAUGGAUGUUGGUUUUUUAACGACUACCAUUAUAAGGGCGUCUAUACGAUUUAUUUAAACAACGGAACCUUUGGGAGCGUUUCAGCGACGCGGGGAAGAAAAAUAAUGAGGGACCGUUUCCGGAGUGUCACACUGCGUGCUGCACGUGUUCAGGUUGUCACAAGGAUCUCAAACACACACCGGCCGCCAGAAAUGCCUAAAGCCAAGAAAGGAAAGGGACCGGUGGAGAAGAAGGUAGUUCAUCCGUACAGUAGAAAGGCUGGCUAUCUUGCAAGAGAAGCCAAUAAACAAGAGAAAAAAGAACGGCAGAAGAAUGAAAAAGCAUUGCGACUGAAUGCAAUCGGUGAAAAGCUCGCCUGGUUUCAAAACCAGCUCGAUCCAGCUAAAGAAGAAUAUACAAAGCAGGAUGCAUGUGAAAUGAUUGAGAGGUAUUUGCAUCGCUUCGACGCCGAGUUGGAGCAGAUCGAGCUGGCGAACAGCAUUAAGGGGAGACAAGGGCGGCUCCACGUAUCCAGAGAAAAUGUCAUAAAGCAAACGAUUGAACGAGAAAGAGUCCUGUAUGAGGGCAAUGGAUUUGAAAUUCCCGAUAUUAUCAACUCUAAGCACCUAAAAACAUUCAGGGAAUGGAGCGGAGAUCUGAAAAAGCUGCCAAAUAUAAAGAUGCGAAAGGUUUCCCAGAAUGCACUGGACGGCGCAAAAGACACGCAGGAGCGCCCGCCAGAGGGGAUUGACGACGGCGUGGAGGACGAGCUCUCUGCAGGGGAUUGCGAAUGAGCCUCUUUAUGGCACCUAGUAUUCAUCUCAGAGAGCAUCUCCCUUCCACCGAGACUGAGGCUCUCAGCUGGGUUCCUGUCUGACUGCUGUUGGGCUUUUGGGUUUUCUGUAGGUCUGUAAAGCAAGGAAACCCUCAGUUUGUAGUGAUGGAUGAGACUUCCAAGGCCUUGCUGUAUUAUUAUAGUGCGCCGUCAAACAGCUACAGGUCUGACCCGCUCCAUCUCGGCGACUCUGCUGGUUUCUACUGAACUGUUUGAAGUCUCCUUGGGCUUCAAAGGCUCCGCUCAAUAAUCCCACCCUCCAUGGGUUCUGCAGUUCAAUUUCUCAUUACUGACAGGGAGAGGGCAGCUGAAUUAGGUUAGAUAGGUUAAUAAGUCAUUAAAAAAAGGAUGCUUAUGUGAUGGUACACCAGGAACAAGGUUGACUUUGAAUCCUGUACUGAAAUAAAAAAAAAAUACAUAUUUU